CAGCACAUGUGAAACAAGUAGCCUAAUGGAGAUGCGGGCAGUGAAUUCCUGCGUCUUGCACUUUCUAUCCUUCUGGCCAUCUCUGGGCAUCUGUCAUCAUCACCAUGUGCUGCUAGAGAUGAGCUUCUCCGCCAGGAGGAAGGGCCUGCUGGAGAAGACAGGAAGGGCCCUAUCUGAUCGUUAUCUGGAGCGGACAAAAGCCAUGCGUUGCUUUUUCCUUUUGACGUGUGCAAUUAGCUUGGCUCGUGUGGAAGAAACAUGUCAAGAGGUCUCGUGGGCACCAGGGUUUCCUUGCAUUCAGCCAUGGGCAGCGGUUGCAGGGAAUGGUUUUCUCUCCUUCUCUCCUGGGAUCCCUCAGCAGGGCAGAAGGUGUUUCCAUCCAUGGAUCUUCCUCGGGAAAGACUGCCGUUUCAUGGGGAGAACAAAGGAAUUAAGGGUGGAUGGAGCUUGCUGCUGCCUGCUGGGAGCCCCUUUGUGGAGGGCCGGGCACCGGGGACUCCUCUCCCUGGUGCAGGAGCGGCUGCUCCGGGAGCGCAGAAACGCCGCCCUGUGCAUUGGCACGCAGGUGUGCUCAUACCUACAUACACAGCGUGCCAUCGCCUGUCCCUCCCCAGCAGCAAAUUCAGCUGCUUUCUGCCAUUGCAUUAAAUAG